AUGUCAACCACAAAGCCCUCAUUCGUCGAGGAGGAAUCCAGCGUAACCCCGACACCAACCAAGAAGAGCUUCGGUGCACGUCUCGCCGCCCAUUUCAAGAAAUGGUGGUGGGUGCACUUGAUUAUAUUCAUCGCCUGUUUCCUAAUUAUCCUACUGCCGGUUGUCUACGUCGCAUAUCCCAAGAUCGCACAAGAUGCCGUCAACGACUCGACCCUCGAUAUCACGGAGAUGAUCAUCAGCGACCCAACGCCUGAAUCCUUCCACCUCGAGCAGAGACAAGUCCUCGGCUCGGAUAGCCCUUAUCAUCCCAAGAUCUACAAGUUCAAUUCUGCGGUCUCGUUGGCCGGAGCGGACCCUUUCGCUUAUGUCGAAGUCCCAGAAGUGAAGUCGAAGGAUGGGGCGGAGAUUCACUUCGAACAGAAGGUUGAUCUCACGGAUGCGUCUGCGUUCGGAGAUUAUACUACUGCGGUUAUGAUGAAUGAGGAGGUUUCGUUGAAUAUCUAUGGAAGACCUGAUUUGAAGCAGGGUGGUCUACCUAAGAUUACCGUUGAUUAUAACAAGACCGUUGUUAUGAAGGGCCUGAACAGACUCAAGGGCUUCACAGUGGCUGAAUUCUUCAUCAUGUUCCCACCCGUGAAUGGAUACGGGAUGAACGGCACGGUCGUUAUUCCCAAUGCCUCGGUCAUGACCAUUCCAAUGGGCAAUGUGACUCUGAAACUCGAGCUAGACGGUAAACCAGUGGGAACAACCUACCUGACCAACCUCGUCCUGAAACCAGGCAACAACACUGUCCCAAUGAUGGGCAAGGUCGACCAAGGCGCCAUCAUCACCCUCCUCAUGUCAGAUUCCAACCCCUACAAAGACGGCGUCCUGCCCUUCGACAUCACCGGGACCGCGACCUCGUACAACGGAAAGGAACUGCCGUACUUUACCAAGGCGCUGGCUGCGAAUACACUGCAUGUCGAGUUGGAUGUCGGGGCUGCGUUGGCAAAGGCCGGGGUUAAACUUCCCUUGUAA